AUUCAAAGAUAAAAACAUAACCAAAGUAAUUCAAACCCUCAAUUUUCUCAUUCUCAAUCGUGAAAACCUCUCCCAUUCUCUUCCAACUCCACCAUAAACUCUCUAGCUCCGCCGCCACCAUACCGCCAUGUGGACUUCCUUGACCACAUGGUUCACCCCCGCUUCCCUCUUCAUCCUCGUCAACGUCGUCAUCGCCACCAUCGCCAUCACUUCUCGCUUCACUGCCGAUAAAUCUCGCCACCACCCCCACGGUGGCCCCGCCCUCAUCCGCCCUCCUUCUUUCCUAGACAGAGUCAAGUCUUUUAACUUCACUCCCUCCAACUCCGAUUACUAUUCCAAUCCCGACCCAAGUCCGGCCAGGAUGCCGUCGAUGUUGGGUCGGCUCAAAUCCAUCACUAUCAACAGAUCUGAUUCAAUCCGCGAACCGGAAACUCUGCAGCCAGCUGCAGAAGCCAAAAAACAGAGUCCGGAGAAAACCCACCACGACCAUUCCGUCAGCCGGAGCAAAUCCGAAAACAUAACCCACGCUCCGGCGACGAGCUUACGGCGGCGACUGGAGAAAUCUUUGAGUGAGAAGCUGCCGUCGUGGGUGUCGUUCACGACGCCUCGGAGUGAACCAGGGGAAUUAAUAAACGAAAUCGAACGGCGGCGUCCGGCGACAGUGAGGGCAGAUGCACCAGAAACAACGGAAACCGGCGAGGAGGAGGUAGAUUUGAGAGCUGAUCAUUUCAUAAACAAGUUUAAACAGCAGCUGAAGUUGCAGAGGCUGGAAUCUCUGUUGCGUUGCAGAGACAUGGUUACAGGGAAAAAAUAAUAACUUCGUCUUCUUCCUCUCGCCUCUGAUCGGAUUCUGUUUCCCUUCUGUUUUUUAAUAGAAUCUCUGUGUUUAUAAACUUUGGAUGUGUGUGCUAGUUUGGUUUAGUAGCCUUUUUCGAUUCUAUGGAGUAUAUCCACCGGACCGCCAUUAAUGGCAGAAAGAAAUUGGGUGUUAGAAGAUUGAAUUAUCUUGCCGACGAAAAUGAGAGUUUUUUUUUUUU